AUGCGUGCGGUAUACAGUGAGGAUGGCGGUGAUCCAGGCACCACCAUAGGGGAGCAGGGCAGGCCUGGCGUCUCGUCGAUUGAGGUUUACGGCUUCGUGGGCUGGAUCACGUCCUCGGUGGCCUAUGUGCUGUACAUGCUGUGGGCCUACACCCCCAGCUCCAUGUUGGAGGCUCACGGCGUGGCCUACUACCCCAGCAAGUACUGGGCAGUGGCGCUGCCCGCCUGGGCCUGCGUCACUGUCGUGUUUGUGUUUUGGCUGUACGAGAGCCUGUGCAUGGCGGCCGUGCCGCCACCUGGCGCCGCCUCCUCCCUGCGAGACUCUUCCACCAAGCGCAAGGAGGAUGUGGGCGUGCCCAGCUACUUCAGCGCCGCGGCUGCAAGCAUACCGCCGCUGAUGGACAUCCCCCAGGAGCUGGUCAGCAUGGUGCUGCACGGCGGCAUGGCGCCGGGAGAAGCGGAGGAGCUGUACGAUCGGGGGAGGCGAAGAAGUUGCUAA